AUGUAUGUCCAAGUAUUUGUGAAGCGCACCAAUGGUGAUGACGGUGGAAGCAGACCUGGAUGGCACUGUCCUACUGUCCUGGCGUUCAAAGAAGAGCUGCAGGACGUGACGGGGGUCGCUCCACCCUUGCAACGAGUUGUUGUGCAUGGCAAGUUCCUGCAGAACGACCAAACCUUGCGCAGCUACGACGUGGUCGCUGGUCAGACACUUUAUAUUGCGAGCUAUGUGGCCACCGCCACCACCUCCCGUCCUCCUGCACCACCGUCACAACCGCCUUGGGUGUUUCCAGUCUCGAGUUCGUUUCGAUCUUUCGCUACAGGCAACCCAAGCACGGCAAAGUGUGCGAGCGUGGACCCAGUGGCGGGAGGCGGCAAAGUAUGGUGGAUCGCUCCCCCGACCCUCGAGAUUUUGCAAGCCAACCCUGUUGAGACGAAGUGGCUCGUGGAGUUUUUCAAGAACGUUGGGAGCAACGCCGAGAUCUUGCAACACGAUCCCGACUCGCUGGACGCGGCGGCGGCCCACCCCGCGUUGCUUCGUCAAGCCAUGACAGCAAUCUACACGCCUGCGACGAUGCGCGACAUGCAAAGCAUCAACCAUGCAGGAAGGGCGUCCCAGACACAAGAGAGGGUAGCCAUGGCCUUGCGUCAAGUGGACUGGGCUAGCCACAACCCUGUCACCUGGUCGAGACCCAUCCAGCUUACGACCAGUGGGACCUCGACACAAGAGAACGGAUGCUUCGCCCAGAGCGUGUACUUGACCUUGGGGGGUUGUCGUCAACUGACGGACGAGCGUGGUGUAGAGCAACGAAUGAUGGUCGCCCACGACGUGGGGAACGACAUCGUUGCCAACGAGCAACUAGAUCAAAGUUCUGCAGCAACGAAUGACAAUGCCGGGGUUGAUGCCGCCUUGUUGUUGUUACUUCAAGAAGAAGCUGCGAUUUGCCAUGCGUGGCUACGCUUCCAAACGGCAGAAGCCAUGAUGGAAGACAUCAAGAUGUUGAUAAUGCAUGAGGCUACUGCGAGGGCUGCUUUGGACGACGAUUACGAAGUCGCCCAACUUCUUGCCAUGAUGCCAGAUCAAGACGCUGGCCUCCGACGACAGCGAAAUCGAGCCAAAGGCUAA